UGAAACUAAACGCUUCUCUGAGUGUUGAGGUUUUGCCAGUAUAAAUACUUGUUAAAAUGGAAGAACAGAAACACCUUUCUGAUAAAAUUACUUUCAAAGUGAAGCAUCUGAAUGAAUAUCAUGAGAUAGUCAUUGAUCCAAAUGAUGACAGAUAUGAAUACAAAGACCAACACCAACAAAUAUUUGAACAGCUGGAAUCAAUAACUGGAGUGCCAAGUAGAUAUACAACUUGUGCGAAUAUACCUAGAAACAUGAACCCUUCCGACGUUAAUAAUAUUGAACGGUAUCUGUGGUGUUUUGAGAACCAAAAAGCCUUCGCUCCUGAUUCACUCUUACAAUACGAUCCCGAGGACGAUAUAUUCAGUCUUAAUAUUCGUGAUGGUGAGCGCUUUCAUCUCAUAUCUUAUGCUAGUUAUGAGUAUAGUAUUUCCAAGCGUAUAAGUAUGUGUUAUAGGCUAAUAGAAGAAAGAGACGUUCCUGAAGAAGGCUGUGGUGGUGUAUGUCAAUUAAUACGCACUGAGAGUUUCUUCAAGAGGUUGAAAGAUCUCGUUAAUAAUGAUGAUUUGAAUGCAAAAAUUACUCAGCUUGUCCAACCACUAUUUGAAAUUUCAUCACCUGAAACACAUUUGGAAGCUUGGAAGAUUUUAAAAGAGUUCAAUGUUUUGCAAGUUUUUUAUCCAUCCUGUGAUUGGAUUCAUAGUGCGAGGCUUGCAGAGACUGGUGAUGCACGGCAAAAUGAUCUUUAUCUAAGAACUCGAGGUUAAACCCGUAGAGUAUAUGCCCGUGGUGAAUGAACUUGGUUUAAAUUUUACUCAAUAAACUGAGUUAUGUUUAAACUUGACCAUUCCUCAAAAAUAUUAAUUAAAGUUGGAUAAAUUCGAAUGUUCACAACUUUCGCAAUUCGCAACUCGAUAUUCCCUCAUUGAGGAACCGAAUAAUACUUGGUUGGAUUCGAUUCCUUUUAAUGUUGCAGCAAAAUAAAACAAAAGAUUAAAUAAGAAAAUAAACAUUUUGUGCAGAUCUUUUUCCGAAAUAUUAGGCUAUAAAAAGUAAUGUUUGCAUUGAUAGAUACAAGUUUCAACCAAAAUGACACGGCUUUGGAAUAGA